AGUCAGUCGCCAGUCCGGUGCGGUGGAAUGUGGUCGUGUUCGCAUUUUGUUCUCGUGUCUCUCAUUCAUCAGCCUAUGUUGUAGUGGUGCGCGCAGCUUUAUCAACAUCGUCGGGAUUAGCGACGUUGUCGGCAACGAUUCCCGAGCUCGGACGAUUAUCCUGUCAUCGCGCUGCUCUAGAAAGAGAGAGAGAGAAAGAGAGAGAGGGACGGAGAGAGACUGCGUUGACGACGCGCGUCCCAUCGCGGCUCCCGUCAGACGCGAAAUGCGGCGCCGACGCACACAGUGAAAUAUAACUCCGGCGCCGCGGUCAAACGCACCAUGGACCACCACCUAACGUCGGCUCUCGGCGACGCUCACAAAGGACGGAUGGAAAGCGGCGGUAGUGCGUGAGCGCGAGUGUGAGAGAGCGUAUAAAGAAAGAGAGAGAGAGCGAGAGAGAAGUGCGGGAGCAAGAUGGCGGAAUCGAGCUAUUAUCAGGGCGAUUACAUCAGGCACCCAGUUCUUUACGAACUGUCGAGCAAGUAUGGAGUGGCUGGCAGUGACCAGGUGCCCUUGCCGGCUCGUCUCGACGUGCUGCGAGAGCACAUACGCCGAGAAAUACGCAAGGAAUUAAAGAUAAAGGCCGGUGCGGAGAAGCUGAGAGAGGUCGCGACCGAUCGCAAAUCGCUCUCUGACGUCGCGACGAUCGUGAAGAAGGCGAAUAGCAAGCUGAACGAACUCCAGGCGGAGCUCCAGCAGCUCGAGAGCCAAAUUAUACUGACGCAGGGCCAGCCCCAAUCGCCGCAACAGAAUCACUCCAACGGUCAAGACACGCCUCUAUCACCGAUGGGACCUUCGUCGCCGAGUCAGGAUGGUCUAUUCACGGAUCUUCGGCUUCUGUCCUUGGAGAAGCAGCUCAAUAUUGAACUGAAGGUCAAGCAGGGUGCUGAAAAUAUGAUACAGAGUUUAACGAGUGGCCAUCGUGACAAGAAACUACUACAGGAGGCUCAACAAAUGCUAGACGAUUCCCGCGCCAAAAUCGAGUUCCUACGCAUGCGGAUAAUGAAGGUGCGUCAAGCGCGGCAGCAGCAGCAACGAGGAGAUGCGUUGCCACCGAAUGGCGAAGCAACUAGCAACAAAGAUAGGUACGAGCCCAGCUUGGAACUCGCGUUGGAAGAGAGGGUGGAGGAGCUACGGCAUCGAUUGCGAAUAGAGGCAGCUGUUGUAGAAGGAGCCAAGAACGUGAUACGUCUUCUACAAAGUGCCAGAGUCGCUGAUAAGAAGGCCUUAACCGAGGCUCAGGCAAGUCUCGCGGAAUCCAGCAGAAAAUUGGACUUGCUCAGAUUAUCCCUUGAACUUAGAAGACAAGAGCUACCCCCUGAUAGCGGUACCGCGGCUCAAUUAAAGAGAGAAUUAGCUAGCGUGCAAUCGGCUAGUCCUGUUCCCGUUACUUAUACAUCAUUACAACCGUUCCGUGGUCCCUUGGAAAGUAAGACCACUAUACCAGCUUCAGUAUCAAGAUGCGCUGCUGUCACAGGACAAUUAGAGGUAAGACUCAUGGGAUGUCAAGACUUGGCGGAAGAAGUGCCUGGUCGUACACGGAGAGAACAUCCUAAUAGUCCUGAUAUACGUAGCUUUGUUAAGAAUGUCAAAGGACUCAGUUCGAGCAAGUCGUAUAGCGUGAAAGACGAAACAAGCAAUGAUAUUAUGGCAGUUAUAAAAUUAGAUAAUCAAACGGUAGGACAAACUAGUUGGCGUCCAUGUUCCCAACAAGCUUGGGAUCAAAGGUUUUCUAUCGAACUAGAUAAAUCGAGAGAACUUGAAAUAGGCAUUUAUUGGAGAGAUUGGAGAUCUCUAUGCGCGGUCAAGUUUUUACGUUUAGAAGAAUUCAUUGAUGAUGUUCGACAUGGAAUGGCCUUACAGUUGGAACCGCAAGGUCUUUUAUUCGCGGAAAUAAAAUUCUUGAAUCCGAUGAUAUCGCGAAAGCCUAAGUUGCAGCGUCAACGAAAGAUUUUCAAACAACAGGUGAAAAAUUUCCCAAGAGCAAAUCAAAUGAAUAUAAACGUCGCGACUUGGGGUAGACUACUUAAACGUUCGGCGCCUUCAUUGCACAAUUCCAGAAACUCGGAAAGCCCGCCGACAGUCUCAUUUGCAGGACCGCAACCGUUACAACUUGUAUUUGAUACCUCGAUAGAAGAUAAGCCCGAGACUCCCGGCGAAGUGCCUGAUCCGGAGAAAGGUGGAUUGGGCGGCGCGCGGCCUUUGGGAAUGUCAACAACUAGUAGUAGUCCAACUCUGCCACGUCCUCCGGAGCAUCCUCCCCCACCGCCACCAACUGUUGUGAAGAAACCAUCUAUACCUGCGCCUACUCCGCCUCCUAAAUUAGAUCAAGAGUUACAGAGUGCAUUAAGGGAGUUUGAUUUUCUGCACAACGAGGAAAAGGGCGGGCCUCAGGGUGCAAAUUUGAGGCCCCUGGUGACAGAGCCCCGCCCUGUGCUGAUUGCACCACCUUCUCCACGCACACCCUCGCCCCAACCUGUCGUCGAGUUUCCUGAGGAUGAGGUACAUACCUCCACGUACACACAACAUUGCUUUGCUUGCCUAAGUGCUGUAUAUGAACUGCCAAUCAGACCCCUUCAAUAUAGAGAUAGUGAGUCGAGAAGACACUCUCAGAUUAAUGGUAUGACUCUAGAAAACUUUAGACUGCUCUCCGUACUCGGUCGUGGACAUUUUGGCAAAGUGAUACUAUCGCAAUACAGAAAUACGGGAGAGUAUUUCGCAAUCAAGGCCUUGAAGAAAGGAGAUAUUAUAGCUAGAGACGAAGUGGAGUCAUUACUGUCUGAAAAGAGAAUAUUCGAAGUAGCGAAUACAACGCGCCAUCCUUUCCUCGUAAAUUUAUUUGCGUGCUUUCAAACUGAGGCACAUGUAUGCUUUGUAAUGGAAUAUGCGGCUGGUGGUGAUCUUAUGAUGCAUAUACAUGCCGAUGUUUUCGGAGAGCCACGCGCUGUGUUUUAUUCAGCUUGCGUUGUUCUAGGAUUACAAUACUUGCAUGAAAAUCGCAUUAUAUACAGAGACUUGAAAUUAGAUAAUCUACUAUUGGAUACAGAAGGUUAUGUUAAAAUCGCAGAUUUUGGCCUAUGUAAGGAAGGUAUGGGAUAUGGAGAUAGGACAGGUACUUUCUGUGGUACUCCUGAAUUCUUAGCGCCUGAAGUCUUGACGGAGACUUCUUAUACACGAGCUGUAGAUUGGUGGGGACUUGGAGUUUUGAUCUUUGAAAUGCUUGUUGGAGAGUCUCCUUUCCCAGGUGAUGAUGAGGAAGAAGUAUUUGACUCCAUUGUAAACGAUGAAGUACGAUAUCCACGAUUUCUUUCUUUGGAAGCGAUAGCAAUCAUGAGAAGAUUGUUAAGGAAGAAUCCAGACAGAAGAUUAGGUAGCAGUGAAAGAGAUGCAGAAGACGUUAAGAAACAAGCAUUUUUCAGACACAUUAUUUGGGAUGAUCUGCUUCUAAGGCGGGUGAAACCACCUUUUGUACCAGUAAUCCAUUCGGUGGAAGAUGUAAGUAAUUUUGAUGAAGAAUUUACAUCAGAGAAGCCACAUCUAACGCCUCCGAAAGAUCCUCGGCCUCUCAGUGACUUAGAGCAAGGCCUGUUUAAAGACUUUACUUAUAUGGCUGAUUGGUGCUAGCCAUUAGGAUUAAUAUCUGGAGCGGACAGAAAUAUCAGCAUGUUAUGAAGAAAAAAAUUGCUUUUAUUACUACAAAAUGAAAUUUUUUGCGCAACUGCAUUAAUGUAGUUUGUUUAUCUGAGCAAUAUAUGUAUACAUAUACAUAUAUAUAUAUAUACACACACACAGAUAUACAUAUACAUAUAUCAUAUAUCUCUCAUCAUGUAUACAUAUUUCUCAUUUUUUAAUACUAUAUUAACGAUCGCAGUCGAACAGAUUUACAAAAGAAAUUUUUUAUCGAAUCUCAGGUUUUCUCCAUUAUGAUGCUUUUAAUAGGUACUUGGUACAUACUUGGAGUUUACAAUCUCCAGUUUCAUAUUAAAUAACACACACAUAUAUAUAUAUAUAUAUAUAUAUAUAUAUAUAUAUAUAUAUAUGCAUAAAUCAUUGUUUAUGAUAAUACAAUUGAUGAGAUAUAUAAUAGUACUGUCAAUAUCCAAGAGUAUGACAUUGUUAUUUCAGAUAUUAUCCAGGUACAUUGUCAAAUUCGAUGUAAGUAUCGAAUAUUGAGAAAUUAUACAUUAUUAUUACAUAGAAUAUUAAUAAAUUAGAAUGUUUUGACUUAAUUGAUUUUGCUUAUAUUCUGUGUAUAAAAAUAUUAAAUGAGAUAAUUAUAAAAGAUCACAUUUUUUAUGAGAUUAUUGAAAACUAAAUACUGUGUGUUACAUACAGACAUGAUAGGUUAACAAAAAUUUAAACUUUAUUUCUUAAUGGACAGAUUUUUUCGAAAAAAGUCGAAAUAUGUUAACUUUGUUUCUGCAAGAAAUAAUUAUAAAUUCAAUCGUGCUACUUUAUUUUUAUUGUAUAAUAAAUAUUCAAAAAUUUUAAAUGGCGAUAGAGAUCAAAUAACGCAUUAUUUAAAUUUUUUUUUGCAACUGUUUGCUUAUUUGAAUUUGUAUAGUUUUUUUUUUUUUUUUUGAGAAAUUAGAUUUUUUUUUUUAAGUUUUAAGUACUAAAUUUGAAAAUUUAGUUGGCAAUGGAUGACUAGUACCUGGAUAUAAAAAUAAUGUGAUUUAUAUUGACAGUACUAAUAUAUGUAAAUAAGUUCUAAAUAUUCUUGAAAUUGAUUAAAAAAUUCUCAUCAAAUAUGUCAAGCAAAAAAAAAAGUAAUGAAAUCUACCAAUUUUUUGACAAAGAAAUUUUUUAGCAUAAAAAUGAAAAUAAUUUUAGAUGUGCACAGAAGUGAUCUCUCCAAACACUGUUCUGUCACUAGUAUUAGAUAUGUACCAUUAUACUUUUAUGCAAAGAUGUAUUAUUUUCAACAUUUUGUUAUCUAUAUAUACUACUAUCAUGUACAGUAAUAUACACGCGAUUACUCGGAAGAUUUUAUAUAUCCCUAUAGGACUUAAAAAAUCAUAAUGCAAACAAUAAUUAACACAUUCAUAGAGAAAACAUAAAAGAAAUCAAAAUGUAGCUAAACUUGCUCAUGCUCAUGUGAUAAAGAAUUGAAAUCGAAAUGGCGCUAUAUAUAUAUAUAUAUAUAUAUGCAACAAUAAUGAUCACACAGGUAAUAUUCAUGUACUUUUUAAUUAAACUUAUCAUGUACUAUUCAUUAUAAUAAUUGGAAAUUCACUUACAUAUAGCUAAUCUUAUGCAAGAUUAUGAUGACUUUAGAUAAUAUGAGCUCUAUGACAUUGUGUGAAGCAGCACAUUUAUUCAAAUAUCGCAUAUAUCAGAAUCCUUUAAGUUUGUUUAACAUAUAUCCAAUUAUAUAUUUACUAUAUUUCGUUAUUUUAGUUAUGUACAUUCAUAUUCUAGUUUAUGAGGUAAGAUAAUUUUACUAAUAUGUGCUAAAUAUAUAUUAUGUAUAUAUAAAUAUAUAACCAAAUAUUUUGCGAAGAGGAUAAUAAUGGAUGAUAUUUCUAUAUUUAAUAGCUAGAAUAUUGUGCUGUAGUAUUAUACCAAUAUUUUAAUUAACUUUGCCACAUAAAAGAUACUAAGGACAAGUUCAUAUUCUGAUAUCAGCAUAUAUUCGAACAUCUUUUAAGAUUUGGUUCUGAUUUUUGUAGAUGAUUUGUGAAAACUAUAUAACUAGUUAUUAGAUUUUACAUUUGUGAAAGAAGCUUGUAAAUUAAUUUUUUUUCUAAUAAGUGUAAAAUUUUUCUAUGAUCUAUAUACGAUAAUUUUAAUAUUUAAUAAUUAACCUUUUAAGAAAUUUAAUCAUUUCUAGAACUUUCAUACACACAAAUAUUGUACAAUAUAAAUUGUAUUUAUGCUACACUUCAUUCAUUUUUUAAAAGAUGUCAAGUAGACACUUUUUAACAAAUGAAUUAAGCAUACCAUAUAGGCACUGCCUAAAUGAUAAUUAGAAGAUUUUUAAUAACACGCGAUAUAACUAGAAAAUUUAUUGGAUGUUAAUGAAAUAGUUGUAUAUAAACUUUUUGAUUUGUCAUUAUUUGAUUUGUCAUAUUUUUAUCUUAUUUUUAUCUUAUAUAAUUCUACGAGAAAUUGAAGAUUGAAAUACGAAUCUUAUAAAUAUAAAUAAGAAAAGAAAUAUUUUAGAUAAAAUUUGGUAGAUUUUACCAAACCAUAUAUAAAGUGAUGUAACUUAUUCAAUUUUUUUAAAGAUUGCAGUUUAUUUCUAAUUUUCAUUAAACAAUCACAGAAUGUUUCUUAUCAAAAUCUAUUAAUUAUAAUCUCUCUCUCUGUUGUAUUUUAUUCUAAUAAUUACAAAUAUCACUUGUGGAAAGAUCGUUAUAUGAAAUCGACCAAGUUUUAUCUGCAAUAUCUCUCACUUAAAAUCAACAAUGCAUACAUAAAUAAUCUUUAGAAUUAUUUGUAAAACUUUUUAAAGUAUCAAGCAUUUUACGAAAAUUAACUGUAUCACUAGUGAUAGAUUCGAGUACCUCUUGAGAUCUAGUUGCCUUACUGCAGUUAUGUGAAUUGAUAACCACUUUUUGGUAUCUAUUUUAUAUAUAAUUCUUAUACACAGGAGAAGGAUGGGUUUAGAUCUAUAGAAAUAUUGACGAUCGAUAUAUAAUAGUGGCAACUCGGAAAAUGUGAGUAAUUCAUACAGAAUCUUUAUGGUGCCUGUUUUUUAUACAUUGUUUUUGUAUGUAAGUUUUAAAAUCUAAUCUUUUUGCACAUAUAUUAUGUGGCUUUCUGAAAUAAGGAGUUCACUAAAAUUUACAUAUUCAACAAUGAAGCAGGCAGAGGAAAGUGUGGGGUAUGACUACUAAUUACUAAAGAUACGUCACAUGUUAGAGAUUAUUAGCCUAAUUUGUAAAGCAAUUGAAACAAAUCUAAAUUUUAUAUUAAGAUAAAAUUGUUAAAAUUUUGCAAAAGUGUGUAAGAUUAUCAUCUAGAUAUUAUUGAUAUAUAUAUACAUUACUUUUAUAGCUUGGAGUGUUUAAAAAUAUCAUUUUUACAUAGCUCUCAACUGCCCCAAACUAUAUGAAAAUAUAAACAAUUUCAGAUGAAAAAUUUUUAUGUCAAAGUGAAAUAUCAUUUUUUCGAUUUGCAUUUUAAAUCGUGGUUUGACAUACAUUAUAGAAAAACAUCAUCAUGUGUAUUAAUUAUUUUUUAUUGAUAUUACACACAUGCAGCUUUGCAGAAAUUAAAUUAUUUAACGACUUUGGAAUGUGCAGUCAAAAAUGCGGUGAUUUAAAGACACAGAAUAUGUACAUAUAUACAAAUAUCUUUUUUUUUUGUAGAUAAAAAUUUAUUUUUAAUUCAUAAGGAUUUUUAUUAAGUUAUGUUAUUUCGUUACACAUUUUUUAUAUAUACAUAAUAUUUCAUAGCAUUAUUAGACAUAAGUUUAGUUAUAAACUUUGUUCACUGUAAUUAUCAUUAGUUUUACAGUAAGCAAUGAAAAAAUUAUGUGCCUCGUAUUUUGUAGUGUCCACUAAUUAAUACAUGAGAAUACUAUAGCUAGAUGAAGAUUUUUUUAAAGAAUUAAUUUAUUUAAUGCAUAUAUAUUUGCAGUGGCAGCUUCUUACAUAUCACUUUAUUAAAUAAUUAUAUGCAAUCCUUAGAAGUAUUCUCAAAAUCUGCAUUAUACGCGCAUAUGUGAAAAUUACUUUAAAAAAUAAAUAUUAAAAAUAUA